AUGGUAUCAAAGGCAGAGGAUAUCUAUUGGGAAGGGGAAAAUGAGGCUUCAAAUGAGUUCUUAGAAGUGGAUACCGGAGACCUAGGCAUCGGAAAACAUCUAGAGAGGCUAAAACGACAAUUAAAUUUCUUUUCAUUCUUCACAACAACGACGCCUCCACCAGCAGAGAUCAAUGAGAGCGUCACUGAAGAUGAUGAAGAUAUUGGAAAUAAGUAUGAAGAUGUGGAAAACGAGGUCGAUGGGGGAUCUGGAGUUCCCGAUCGAACUGAGCCUGAACCAAAAGAAAAAACUCUCCGAGUAACAUUUGUGGUAAAGGAGCCUUAUCAAACGAAUUACUCGAACAGAGAUUCGUUGGAAUUCCAAAACUUCUCGAAGUCUUUAGCUGAAGCCGUUAAUGCUGUAUUUAGAGACUUACCUGGGACCCAUAGAGCAAGUUUAGUUAGGAUUCAAUCCAGAGCAACAGAUGAAUUCUCCUGUAAAGUGACGAUUGAGAUCGUCACUACCGGCUAUGAUGACACCGACAAGAUUUCAGAAAUUCUUCAAGCCCAUAUCCAAAAGAAGAUGAAACUUGGUGAUGUCGUUGUCAGCGAUGAAGACUUUAGUACUAUUGUCAUCGAUCCAGCAUAUAGUACGCCCCUUGAUUCAUGCUCGGUGGAUCAGUUGACUUGCUCAGACGGUAGAUGUGUACCGGGAACAGCGAGAUGCGAUGGAAACAGAGACUGUGCCGAUAAUUCAGAUGAAAUUGGGUGUCCUUAUGAUAACAACAACCAAGAACAGAAUCAUUACGAUCCGGAAAACCCAGAUGACAGCAAAAAUGAUGAUCAGUUUGUACCAGAAAGUCCCGAUGACGAUUAUCCUAAUCCAGAAGUAAAUGAAAAUACGCCAGGCCCAUACAGUGAAAAUGAAAGGGAAGAUGAGCUUAUAAUAUCUCCAAUUGAUAAACCAAAAGACGUAAAUAACGAAGCUGAUCCUUAUGAAAAUACAAAUGCAAAUGAGAUUGAUGAUGAUAACCUUAUAAUUCCUGAAGACAAAAAUCGAGCUGGAGAAUCCCCCAACGGAGACAGGGGAGACACACCUGAUUUGCAACCAACAGACACUGCAACGGACUAUCCUGGCAUUGACGAAACAUCAGAAACUUGUCCAGAGAAUUCAAUGCGAUGUGAUGAGACCCGCUGCGUCCCAAAUGCAAAACGUUGUGACCAAUACAGAGACUGCAACGACGGAGCUGAUGAAGAGGGAUGUCCGGAUGGUGAGUAG